UGGAUGGAUGGGAGGCCGAGAGCGUCAGAGGCAAGGACAGUUAGUUGACGGACGACGAUCUGUCGAUAUGACAAGUGGCAGGCCGCUGCUCGGCGCGUUGCUCGUCGCCCACUGCUUCGCCGUUUGCACCCUCGCCGCCAAUAUCACCCUUCCCAAGAACAACCAAGCGUGGAACGAAACGUGGACGGACAAGCUGAGGCAACACCUGCUCGCCAAGUAUGACAAGCUCGCGAGGCCCAGCCAACACUGGAACACGACGACCGUCAGCGUCAAGCUCAACGUGCAGACCGUCGAGGUGGCCGAUCACGACAACGUCAUGGCCGCCAACGUGUUCGUCAUCAUGACGUGGAACGACGACAAGCUGAGAUGGAACUCGUCCGAGUUUGGCAACCUCACCCAGGUAAACCUCGGGGCCCACGAAAUCUGGCUGCCCGACAUUUACGUGCUGAAUAGCGCGUCCCACGGUAUGGAGUACUACGGCGAUCGGCACUGCAUAGUCAACGAGCUGGGUCUCGCUAUUUGGGUCACGCCCACGAUAUUUCACGGCUACUGUCACUUGGACUUCAAGUACUGGCCCUUCGAGAUGAACACGUGCAGGCUGAGCUUGAGCUCGUGGACGUACGACGGCUCCCAAGUGGACUUGAAAUUGCUCGGUUCCGGCGUCGACCUCAACGAUUACGUGGUCAUAAACGAGUGGGUGGUGCAAAACGUCACGCCGAUACGCAGGGAGGAAGUCUUCGACUGUUGUCCCGAGGCCUACAUCACCUUGGACUUUGAGUUCGAGCUCGCCCGAUCCUCCGAAAUUUACUACCACAUCGUCUUUGUACCCAUCAUUCCAAUAGUUUUCUUGUCCCUCAUUACGUUUUGGCUGAGGCCACAGAGCGAGAUGAAACUCAUCGUCAACGCCUGCAUAAUCCUCAUCGUCGUGCUGUACCUCAUCUACUUUGGCCACAAAAUACCCCCAAGGUUCGACAGUAUGCCAAUUAUCGUUAGGUUUUACAGUGCCUGUCUCUGCCAAGCGACCUUAUCGCUGGUAGUUGCAACCAUUGUGAUAAAUAUCGAUAAAUUUGCAUUUUGCACGAGCAUCCCGCGGCCGAUGAGGCGUCUCCUGCUCGGCAAGCCUGGACGUUACUUGGGCCUCAAUCACAUUGUCCAAGAGAUCGAGUCGCAGAGAUCGGCAGGGGAGCAGGAGAUGUGCGAAAAUCACUUGAUGGAUAUAACGAUAUCGACGACGUCCUUUGCGAGUUUCACCAACAGCCAACAACAGCUGUUUACUUCGCCGAAUCACAAAACCGUCACGAAGCUGGAGUGGAUGCUUCUAGCGACGGCGAUUGAUAGACUGGUGUUUUGCUUGUUUUGCGUGGUCUACCUUAUAUUCGCCAUCAGUUGGGUGCACAUGAAAAGAUUUACCUUCACAAGCGAUAACGAGCCCUACUGGCACAGCUAGUGGGUGUACGACAACGAUCAUCCAUUGUUGAAAAGAGGAAAAACAACGCACACGCGACGUGAAUUGAAGCGCUUUUUAUUAUGUUUGAAAAUAUCAUUUUACGCUAUAAACAUUCAUAAGUUUAGUCUCGUAAAUAUAUAUUCUAAGUGUACAUACAAAUAUAUUAACAAUUAUACGAAAUUAUUGUAUAAAUAUAUAAAAAAGGAAGUCUUUCGCGACAUUGUCUUUACGGAGCACUUGUUUUUUUUUUUUUUUUUUUU